GGGCGCAGCCAGUGCCGACGUCACGGCGAAUUCUGAGGAUGCACGGACGACUGGGUCCGUGCACCUGCUUUUGCAGACUGUCAUUCACAGGACAAGAGUCCACAGUCGCCAGCCUCUGGCCCAACCCGGCUGCCUCAGCCACACCCCGAGUCUGAAAACCCUAUCUGAAAGGAACGGUGCUGUUACCCCUAGCCAGGAAAUCCUGCAGCUGGAGCCUCCUGGAGAGCUUGGGGGACCAGGACCCUCCUGCCCCCACAGAGACCUUCCCCCGGCACCCCAGUGGCACCAAGCCCACCCUGGACGCUGCAGCAGCCCACCUGGGUCACCUUUGGGUCCGGACACGGCCGAACUAGCUCCUCUGUGUGGAAGGGAUGAAUUCAUGCCAUAGAAACAUUCCUUCUCCCUGGCUUUUAGUUUCUCAAAUGCAACAAAGAAUCCAAACAGCUCUGUGGAAAGAGCCAAGAAAAUGUGUCACGCCAAAGUGAAACCCUUAUCAGAGCUGGAAAACUGGCUGGAACUGGACAACAGCAGAGGCUGGAGAGGUGGCUUCCGGCCGGCCGCAGGUGCUCGGUGCUCAGGUCUGCCGGCCUUUCCGCCCAGCCUCCCCUGCCCUGUCCCAGGUGACCACGUGACCAGGGAGGACUUUGCCCUGAGCCUUUCAGGAAGGGAAGAGGCCUGACCUUGGGCAAUGGCAGCGGCUGCUGUUCCUGCUACCUUUGCUCUGUGGCUCCGUUUCCACUGAGGCACGCCUCCUCCUGCCCCUGCAGGGCCCUUGAGAAACAAACCUUUCCCAGCCAGGACGACAAGGAAGGGGAGAGAGCAGAGGCCCUUCAGAACCCAGCGAUGGCAGGCUGCCUGGUUCCCUGGAAGUGACCAGACCUGGGAACAGGCAUGGAGCAGGUGAUGGCGACCCCAUGGCCCAGGGCCGCCCCUGGCCAGCCCCGUGUAUUCAAGCUGGUUCUCCUGGGAAGCGGCUCGGUGGGCAAGUCCAGCCUGGCUCUCCGGUACGUGAAGAACGACUUCAGGAGCAUCUUGCCCACCGUGGGAUGUGCGUUCUUCACGAAGGUGGUGGAUUUGGGCUCCUCGUCUCUGAAGCUCGAGAUCUGGGACACGGCUGGCCAGGAGAAGUACCACAGUGUCUGCCACCUCUACUUCAGGGGUGCCAACGCCGCGCUCUUGGUGUACGACAUCACCAGAAAGGACUCCUUCCACAAGGCGCAGCAGUGGCUGGCGGACCUGGAGAAGGAGCUCUGCCCCGGGGAGGUCGUGGUGAUGCUGGUUGGAAACAAGACGGACCUCGACCAGGAGCGGGAGGUGACCUUCCAGGAAGGGAAGGAGUUCGCGGAGAGCAAGCGGUUGCUGUUCAUGGAGGCCUCGGCCAAGCUGGACUUCCAGGUGUCCGAGCUCUUCACCGCCGUGGCCGGAGAGCUGCUGCGGAGAGAAGUCCAGGAGGGGCAGAGCCAGCGGGCGCCCACGUCUAGCCCCACCAGGCCAGCCCAGUGCUGUGCCCACUAGAAGCAGCCCCUGCAGGAGGGCCGUGGACGGGGGUGCCCAGCCCUGCUCUGGAAGGCCCAGGCUUGCCUCACUGGGGCCCAGGCCUGCCUUGAACGGGCACCCAGGGCUGCCUCGGGGGGAGGGGUGUGCCAGGCCUGCCUAGGGAGGGGUGCCCAGGCUGCUUUGGUGGGGCUAGCUGGGCCAUCUUGAGGGUGGGCCCCCGCCAGUUCUGCACUGACCUGGACUCGCUGUGGACCCCGGAUUGUGGCUGAGCCCUUGCAGGGCCUGGAAAUCAGCACCUUUUAGGAUAAUGCUCCACAAGCCAGCGGGGAUUGCUGAUGGAGGACCUGGUGUCCCGUGGUCCCCAGAAGAGGGUUGGCCCCACCGGCCUCUGGCCUCUGGCCCCUGCAUGCUCGCGGCCAGUG